AUGGACAUCAUGAAAUCCGGCAACGCUCACUACAUUGAAAACGUUCUUCAGUCGUCUGCAUCGGUUCUUACUUCUAAAGCAGAGCUUCAUAUGACUAAUGAGAACCACUUCAAUCCUUUAUACACCAGUUAUUCAGAUGGGAACUACAGUCCUUCAUCCAGCCCAACCAGCCAUAUGUCCAACUCUACUCCAGUACCGAGUCCAAUUUACAACGAAAGCCUCAAAACUUUUUGCGAUUUAUCGAGUGCUAGUCCAUCAAAGACAAUUGCAAGUGUUAACAGUUCCUCAGCCUUUCUGUUUCCUGAUCCAAUGUACAGAAGUGCCCUGUCGUUUGCGCCCGUUAGGCCUUCUUCGAAACAAUACAGUUCGAUCGCUCCUAAAACUAUAUCCGACUUGUGCAAUUCUUUUACUUUCAAUAACCAUCAAAGUAAAGCAAAAGAACCAUCAAUAGCCAACGCACAGAACAGCGAAAAUGUGCAAAACUAUUCCCCAGACUAUCACACGUUCCAGAACCUUUCCGCCAUCAACUCUAGUUACGGUGUCGACGACGAGUUGGAUGAUGACGACGAUAUCUAUGAAGAUGGGGAUGUCGUUUCACCGAGAAGUUGUUCCAAAAGGAAGUUACCGGAUCAUCCGCCGGCUCCAGCGGUGAUGAAGAAGAGACGAUUAGCCGCAAAUGCCCGCGAAAGGAGACGGAUGCAUAGUUUGAACGUUGCGUUUGAUAGACUUCGCGAUGUUGUGCCAUCAAUCGGAAAUGAUCGAAAGUUAUCCAAAUACGAGACUUUGCAAAUGGCUCAAAGCUACAUAACAGCAUUAAGUGAACUGUUGCUCAGGGAGUAG